AUGAUCCAAGCACAUCCCUAUUGUCGAGCUCUCAUUGUUAUUGGCGCGAUAAGCUAUCUGUACGCGAGAUGUACGCGAGUUUUGUAUGAGUCAAUCAUAGCCAUCCCAUCACUAGGCGUGCAGUUUGAGACCCAUAGAGGGACCUCGCUAUUUACGUGGUCUGUGAAACGAACAUUCGUGUCCUUGGCCGAGCUGGAUGAUCUCAUCCUGAAUGAGGCUCUAUACGGCUGGAAUGUGCGCUACUACAUGGCGGCACUGUAUAGGACAGAAGGCAGAGAGAUUCGCCUGCAUGUGGCAUACGAGAAUAUCCUGCCACGCUACGCGGUUUUGCGGCCCGUCUUGCAUGACCUACAUCAGUAUCUGAACGUGGUUUAA